CUGCAGAUUUAAUUGUGCAAUGUGUAGACGGAGAGAAAAGUUCAAGAUUCACUAAAAUAAGAAAUUAAUGUGAUUAAUGGAGAUUUGAUUGGGUUGAUGAAGAGAAAAGAAUGCGGACAGUUAACAUCGGCGCAAGAAAAUGAGCUUAUAGAAGAGAAGAAGAAGAAAAAAGAACUAGAAAAGAACUUAAAGAAGAAAAAAGAUUCAAUGUUGAGAAAAGUUCAGAAGUUUGGAAGUUCAGAAGUAAUAGGAGGGAAGCCUUAAAAAAGCUAUGCAAAUCAUCUCCAUCAGCAAAAAAGACUCUCCACCUUCAAAUGACAAGUGGGCAUCCACGAAUUGAAGAAAUACAACCGGAUUUACUAAAAACUAUUUGUGAUAUUGCUCUUUACGGUUCAGCAGCUCAUGAAAAAAGAAGAGAUGCUGUUGUUAGAAGUACAAAAACGUCAAGUGAAUUGACUGAAACUUUGAAAGAGCUAGGUUUUCAAGUUAGUAGAAGCGGUACUUAUCUUCGAUUGAAUCCAAGAAACAGCGCAACUCAAGAAGGGAAGAGGCAUAUAAAAACUGUCCCAGUUAAGUUAAUUAGAUCCCAAAAUGAUAAACAUGCCAAACAUAUUGAUGGGAAAUUCUGUACAGAAACAAUCAGGCGUCUUAAAGAGAUAUCAUCUCUCCUUGGUCCAAAAGAAGUUUUUUUUCUCAGUCAGGACGACAAAGCCAGGGUAUUAUAA